GUGUUUUCUUGCCACAAACUGGAUCUCACACAAAAGGACAACUUGUGACUAGAACAAACAACAAACUGCAUCACUAUCUAAAGUCCACCAUUGUGUCUCAGCCUUUGGAAAUGGAAAGCUUGCAGGAGGUGAUCCCCUUUGCCAAAGAGUUACUGAGUCAGAAACUCAACCGUGGUUUGCUGAAGGUCUACCUGGUGGGUUCAGUGUUUGCUGUGUUGGGGACAGUCAUUGGUCUAGUCGAGACAGUAUGUCAAAUUUUCUCCUCUGGUGAGCCGCUAGAUGCAGAGAUGGUCCUCAUGUUGGCCCAGAAGCAGAGAACUGUUGAAGCUGAGAUGCAGUGCAGUGUGGGGGGCCAAGAGGAAGAGAAGGAGGAGGAGCUGACUAAUGAAAAUGGGGCCAUGACCCAAAGCAUGAAGCUCCACAAGACCCAUACACUCAAGCAACGAAGCACGGCCAACCGGCUACACGCCUCCUAAAGUCAAAGGGGCAGAGCCCAAGUGACUCGAGAUAUUUAUUACUGCUGCUGUCACACCACUGUACUGUGCAACACGUACAUAAUCUGUGGCUUCAUAGACAGAAGUGUCUGAGCUGCCUGCCAUUCUUUCCUGCUUGUUAAUGAUGCCUUCAAAAGCUGUCAGAAAACUUGUGUGUUUAUACAUUGGACACAAAUGAAUGACCCCCAAAAUCCCCAGUGGCAGCUUACAUGGAUCUAUUUGACAGGCCCAACUCCUGGACUACCAAAUCCACGAAAUAUUACAAGAUAUGACAACCCCGAAAGAGCCCUGAAAUAAAUAACUCAUUAUGUGUGUGCUACCCAGUUACUGUGUUCAAUGUGAAAAACGUUUGUUGCAAAUGUUAUGCUAUGUUCUGAUUUUGUAAAUAUACAAUCUUUUUCAUACCAAUAAAGUUAGUUUUAUUUUUAA